CCCGCGGCCGGGCACGCAGAGCGCGCGGUGCCUCUCCAAACAAUGCUCCGCGGCGCCCGGCUGCGUCCCGGAGGACAGCGACGCGGUGACCCACGGCAAGACCUGGGGAGCGCAGCCCCGAGGAAGUCACUCUGGGACCCACCUCUUCCACUUACCAGGCCACACCAGCGAGCCGAGCACAAGAUGAGCCAGCACCCCAUGAGCCCAAGAUGCAGCACGCUGUCCCACUGACCCUAAAGAGCCUGAAGAUGUCAGCGUGCAGUGACUUUGUGGAGCACAUCUGGAAGCCCGGGUCCUGCAAGAACUGCUUCUGCCUGCGGAGCGACCACCAGCCGGCUGCUGCUCGGUCCCAACCCCGAGCGGGCAGCCUGCCCACCCCUCCUGUACCUCGCCUGCCCCCCAAGCCUGAAAACGGACGCUUGGAAGAUGAGGGCGUGAGUGGCUCACCCUACUCCAAGCCCACCAUCGCUGUGAAGCCCACCAUGAUGAGCUCGGAGGCCCCCGACGUGUGGGCAGAGCCCAGCCUGAGUGCCGAGGUCUCACAGGGCAUCUGGAGGCGCACCCCUGGCAAGCUGCCCCUGCCCAAGCCAGAUGAUGUGCCCCUGGUGUACCUGAGCAAUUUCCGCGGCGUCCCCAAGCCCACCAGCCCCUCGGCCUGCUCCGACGGCAGCCCCCGCUGCCCACCCGCCUACGCCAUGGUCGGCCUGCACAACCUGGAGGCCCGGGGGGACCGGAGCAUUGCUUUCCACCCUGUGGGCUUCCAGGACGAAAAGCCAAACCGAGAGGACAAAGCCUCCUUUCCACACGCAGAGCUGCCUUCAGCUCAGGAGAGCUUCCGACAGAAACUGGCGGCCUUCGCGGGGAAGAGCUUAAGCGGCGUUGGCGGCCACCGAGGGCCCCGGUCCUGCCCGUCCCCGCAGCCGCCACUGCCGCCACCACCGCCGCCACCGCGGGGGUCCCUGCCCUCUGAAGAUGACAGCGACCCCAGGUGCUCACCCUCUGGGGACAGCGAGGGUGGCGAGUACUGCUCCAUCCUGGACUGCUGCCCUGGGAACCCCACUGCCCCGGAACCCUUGCCCGGGGCUGGAGACUGCUCACCGCAGCGCUGGGAGCCCAGUGCGGAGGAGAGGCGGGCACUGAGUGACAGUCAGGGCCCUUCCGCCAGCACGCCACCCUGCCUGGGCCCCAAGAAGCCUUCCCUGGCCUCUGAGGCGGCCAGCUCCUCUGACGGCCUCUCCUGUGGCAGCCGCAGCAGUGGCGCUAGCAGUCCCUUCGCUCCGCACCUCGAGAACGACUACUGCUCCCUGGUCAAGGACCCUGUCCAGGGGAAGCAGCCGGACUCUGGCUGCCACACCUCCCUAGCGACCUCCAGCAGGUGCGUGGGGCCUGCAGUGGAGUCACAACUCCCCACUCAGGCCGGAACCGCUGCUCGGCCAGAACCCAUCUAUGCUGAGAGCACCAAGAGGAAGAAAGCACCUUCGGGCUCUUCACGGAACCAGGCCAAGUCAGAACAGGCAGCCCAGGGCCAGGCGUGGACAGGUGACGCCCGGGCUCCGAAAGCAGCACAGGGCAGGGGCCGGGACAGGGAGGGCUCGGACCUGGUGCCCCAGGUGGCUGCCACCAUCACGGUCAUGGCAGCCCACCCGGAGGAGGACCACCGCACCAUCUAUCUUAGCAGCCCUGACUCCGCGGUGGGUGUGCAGUGGCCGCAGGGGCCGGUGUGCCAGGACAUUGAGGCAGGCGAGGACGAGGCUCCUGCGGUGAGCUACAGGGAAAGCCAGCAUCCUCACAGUGCUGGCAACAGCACACCCAGAGGGAAGCCUGCCAUCCCCCCGAAGCUGUCCAGGAGCAGCCCUGGGGGCUCCCCUGUGUCACCUUCCACCUCCCCACUGGCUGACCUCAGCGAUGGGAGCCCCGGCAGUGGCAGCCUGGGGCUGGCACCUGCGUGCAAAGGCCCUGUCGACCCCACUCCUGCCUGCCGGACCAAUGGGGUGGCUACCAGCAACCCUGUCAGGUGCCCAGCACCCCCCCCUUCAGCCUUGGACCCCAGGCGGCCCAGGUUCCAGACAGGUGCCUGGAGCCGGCAAUGCCGGAUAGAGGAAGAGGAGGAGGCAGGACACGAGUUGCUGAGUCACAGCUGGGGAAGAGAGUUGAACGGUCCCUCCAGCUCCUCCACCUGGCAUCGGGUGCAGCCCCCAGAUGCCACCUCUUCCGGGCAGCACAGCAAGGCCAGCACAGGGAUGAGCAAGUCGGCCUCAUUUGCCUUCGAGUUUCCCAAGGACAGGAGCAGGAUGGAGACUUUCUCACCUCCUCCCCCACCCCCAAAGUCCAGGCACCUUUUGAAAAUGAACAAGAGCAGCUCUGACUUGGAGAAAGUGAGCCAGGGCUCUGCAGAGAGUCUCAGCCCGUCCUUCAGGGGUGUGCACGUCAGCUUCACCACCGGCUCCACCGACAGCCUGGCCUCGGACUCCAGGACCGGCAGCGAUGGAGGUCCAUCAUCUGAGCCCACGCACUCCCCCACCAGCAGUGGGAAGAAGCUGUUUGCUCCUGUUCCGUUCCCUUCCGGCUCCACGGAGGACGUGUCCCCCAGUGGCCCUGCACAGCCACCCCCACUGCCCCAGAAGAAGAUUGUGAGCCGUGCAGCCUCUUCGCCCGAUGGCUUCUUCUGGACCCAGGGCUCGCCAAAACCACGGACCGCAAGCCCCAAGCUGAACCUCAGCCACUCGGAGACCAAUGUCUGUGUCCAGGAUGAACCUCACUUGAGCAGUUCCUUGAACUCUGGAGGCCAUCACCAUCAUGUCUUCUCCUCUUCAGAGCCUCUGGAGAAAGCCUUCAGAGGCACCGGGCACUGGGCGCCGGCCCCAAGCCUGGCAGGCAGCCACAGCUGCUGCAGUAGCCCUGGUCCACAAGGCAAAGGGCUCCCAUGCGCUUCGUCCUCCCAGCUGAGUGUGUCCAGCCAGACCUCCAGCAACAGCACCCAGCUGCAACUACACAGCCUCCUGAGUAGCAUCAGCAGCAAGGAGGGCACCUAUGCCAAGCUCGGGGGACUCUAUACCCAAUCCCUGGCCCGCCUCGUGUCCAAGUGUGAGGACCUCUUCAUGGGUGGCCAGAAAAAUGAGCUGCACUUCAAUGAGAACAACUGGUCGCUGUUCAAGCUGACAUGUAACAAGCCCUGCUGUGACUCGGGGGACGCCAUUUAUUACUGUGCCACCUGCUCUGAGGACCCCGGCAGCACCUACGCUGUGAAAAUCUGUAAGACUCCUGAGCCAAAAGCAGCCUCCUACUGCAGCCCCUCUGUGCCCGUCCACUUCAACAUCCAGCAGGACUGUGGCCACUUUGUGGCCUCCGUGCCGUCCAGCAUGCUGGCCCCUCCCGAGGCACCAAAGGACCCUCCACCAGCCCUAACCGCACAGCCCCCUGCCCAGGAGCAGGACUGCGUGGUGGUCAUCACCCGCGAGGUGCCGCACCAGACUGCUUCCGACUUCGUGCGGGACUCGGCUGCCAGCCACCGGGCAGAGCCCGAGGCAUAUGAGCGGCGCGUGUGCUUCCUGCUUCUGCAGCUGUGCAACGGGCUGGAGCACCUGAAGGAGCAUGGGGUCAUCCAUCGUGACCUGUGCCUGGAGAACCUGCUGCUGGUGCGCUGCGUGCCGCAGGCCACCUCCACCCCCAACCCCGCCGCCUCAACCCCCGGCCCUGGCCCCGCCGCUCUUUCCACCACCGCCACAACUCCAGGCCCAGCUGCACCUUCCUCCGCCAGCACCUCUGUGGCCGGAGCCGGCGCCACCCCGAGCCCCGCUGCCACCCCAGCCUGCCAGGGCGCUCCCGGUGAUAAGCAGUUGCCCCGGCUGAUCAUCAGCAACUUCCUAAAGGCCAAGCAGAAGCCGGGCGGCUCCACCAACAUGCAGCAAAAGAAGAACCAGGCCCGGCUAGCCCCAGAGAUUGUGUCGGCCUCCCAGUACCGCAAGUUCGAUGAGUUUCAGACGGGUAUCCUCAUCUAUGAGCUGCUGCACCAGCCCAACCCGUUUGAGGUGCGCGCGCAGCUGCGGGAGCAGGACUACCGCCAGGAGGAUCUGCCCCCACUGCCGGCCCUGUCCCUCUACUCGCCUGGCUUGCAGCAGCUGGCACACCUGCUGCUUGAGGCCGACCCAAUUAAACGCAUCCGCAUCGGCGAGGCGAAGCGUGUGCUGCAGUGCCUUUUGUGGGGGCCCCGGCGUGAGCUGGUGGAGCAGCCGGGACCCUCGGAGGAGGCGCUGUGCAGCACACUGCACAACUGGAUCGACAUGAAGCGCGCCCUGAUGAUGAUGAAGUUUGCAGAGAAGGCAGUGGACCGCCGGCGGGGUGUGGAGCUGGAGGACUGGCUGUGCUGCCAGUAUCUGGCCUCGGCGGAGCCCCGUGCGCUCCUUCAGUCUCUGAAGCUCCUGCAGCUGCUCUGAGCUGAGCCCUCCCACCCCAGCCCUGAGCUCUGGCUGUCCCUCCCCCAUCAUUGCCCUUGCCUUGCCUUAGAAACACCCUUGUCUUCCUGGGAAAUGGUACAGAUGCCUGUCACACUCGGAUGUAAUGUAUAUAUAAAAUAUCUAUAAAUAUGGAAGACCAAGGGUGGCCUCUGCCCUUGGCCUUGGCCUCCUCACCAAGCCCUCCCCUAUUUUCCUCUGUAAUGUUAUGCAUUUCUAGUACAAGUUUUGCCCCCGAUGAGAUCUGGUCACCCUUUUGGUAAAUUGUUAUUUAACAAGAAAAAAAAUUCCAUUAAAAAUAUGUUUGGUUGG